GUUAUUCUAGCACGCAUAAUGGCAGAGACUAAGUUGAAGCUGAAGAGCUCAGACAAUGAGAUUUUCGAAGUUGACCAAGAGGUAGCUCUUCAGAGCGACACUGUGAAGAAUAUGAUUGAGGAUGUCGAUGUGUCUUCUGCCAGCGAGCCGAUCCCUUUGCCAAACGUCUCUGGGCGAAUCCUGGCAAAGGUGAUUGAGUAUUGCAAGUAUCACGUGGAUGCGAAGAAGCCCGGCUCCAUGGAGAAGCCUGCCAUCACGGACGACGAGGUGAAGGCGUGGGAUCAAGAGUUUGUGAAAGUCGAUCAAGCUACCCUGUUCGACCUGAUAUUG